CUGGCUGUUGUGUUUACAGUAACGUUUGACAGAGCGCGCAGGAAACGGGGAGACUAUGAGAAAGCGCAGCUGCUCCAUUCAGCCACAUGGUUCCUCAACCGCACACACAAGCCGCGCUGCAGACGUCCACUUGAGGGACUCGCACUGGUGCCGUCCACAGUGGCGUGUUCUCAGUCCACUGGGCCGAGUUUUCAGCCGCACAGGCAGUUGAAAGUUUACGCUUGGAUCGUCGUUUUUUUUCUUGACUCUUUACUAAAGUUGAGCCUAAGAGAGACAAACACAGGAGAAACUUUUUUGUGUGAACUGAAAAGAACAAGUGUUUAGAGAGUGUGUGUCUCUGUGUGUGGUGUUUUUUACGCACAGUGGGGUGCAAGGAUGGUGCAGCACAUGAGCCACACAGAAAGCGGCCACGCUCUUUCCCCAGCCGGGGACUCCACGGACACUGGAGAUAUGGACCUGGAGAUGGAUGUCUCCCCCACCCCGGCGUCUCCUUCCUCCGGGGAGCGGAACGACCUGGCUUGGUGCAAAACCCCAACAGGCCACAUUAAGAGACCCAUGAACGCCUUCAUGGUGUGGUCGCAGAUCGAGAGGCGGAAGAUCAUGGAGCAGUCUCCAGACAUGCACAACGCGGAGAUCUCCAAGCGGCUGGGCAAGCGCUGGAAGCUGCUGAAAGACGCAGAUAAGAUCCCCUUCAUCCGGGAGGCGGAGCGGCUCCGGCUCAAGCACAUGGCCGACUACCCAGACUACAAGUACCGGCCCAGGAAGAAGGUUAAGUCCGGGAGUGGGGCGAGUAAGGAGAAGAGCUCGGAGAGAAGCAGCAAAGCUAAAAGAAGCCCCGCGUCUAAAGCAACCAGCCGGACUCACAAGCAGAGCAGCAAGUCCACCCCCCUAAGUCAAGACCACGCGUCCCCUGGUGACCACCAGACUCUUUUCAAAUCCAGGUCUGGAGCCAGGCAGAUCCCCGAGAAGCGCACAGAGGCUAGACGCAGCUUCGCGUUCACCGGUGCAGGGAGCUUAGAGAGCGGUCCUCCCUCCGUGGGAGUCCCGGCAAGUCCCACCCUGAGCAGCUCGGCCGAGUCCAGCGACCCACUGAGCCUGUACGAGGAGCAGAGCCCCGGGGGCAGCGAGUCGUCACACACCGCCCGCCUCAGGUACUCCCGCGCGUCCUCACCGACACCAUCAGCCUCGCACUCCUCUUCAUCGGUCUCCUCCUCUUCGGAUGAAGAGUUUGAAGACGAGCGACUCGAUUUGAACCCGAGCCCCGGCUUUGAGAGCAUGUCUCUGGGCGGCAUGGGGUUCUCAGACGCGGAGCUGGACCGGGACUUGGACUGGAGCUUCGGGGAGUGCGGCGCCGGCUCCCACUUUGAUUUCCCCGACUACUGCACCCGGGAGGUGAGCGAGAUGAUCUCAGGAGACUGGCUGGAGUCCACCAUCUCCAACUUAGUGUUCACCUACUGAGAGGAGCCGAGGGGCACGUGGAGACGAACCGUGACGAAGAGGAGACAGUGCGCUUGGUGCGUCAGACGAGGGAGUGAAAUGCUUAGUCUGCAUUUGGACACAGAGGAGGAGUGAAUGUACGCAGAGAGAUAUUGACUUCUCACAAGAGAACUGCUUAGAAACUGAACAUUAGGGAGGGAAAAGGGACACUUGGUACCAUCAAGUUGUUAUUCAGGUGUAUUUGCUUCCCCCCUCCCACAAGUACUUCAACGCGCAUGCUCUCCUGGAUGAGGAGGAUUUAGCUGUUGUUUCAUGUUCAUUGCUGCGUAAUUACGCAAUGUGUGAGACCUUUUCUUUUUUCGGGGUUUGGACACAAUUCACGAUCACCAGCUUCUCUUUCAACGGCAGGACUUCAAAAUAAAACUCAGUGCACAAUUCAGGACCAACGCUUCCCCUUCCCAUCCCAAUCUGCAUCCUUUCUGCCUAGAGUGCUUCAAGUUUGUAGUUCCUCUGCGUCAAGAUGACUUUUUUUAUAUUGAUGUAUUUAUACCGGCCAAAAUUUUUUGAUACAUAGAAGUAUUGUUCUCGUGCAGGUCUUUUGUGUUUGUGUGCACACACACCUGUCUGUAUCCAGCGCGGAAGGGCUAGAAGUGUAUCUUAUUUAAAGUGUCUGACCUCUCUCACUUUUUGAGUGUGUCAUGAUUUUUUUACUUGUAUUUUUGUACAAAAUCUAUAGAAAGUCGAAGAGGGAUCGAGGGAGGGGCAGCCUCCGACAUUGUGCAGAGAGAAAAGAGGGGGGUGGGCUUGGUUUGGCACAAUCUGACCUCACACAGUGUUUACAGUAUUUUUUACCCACAUGCUUCUUAAUGGCACAGUGACUCCAGUUUCACCAGCCAAGUACACAAACGCUCCACCGAGGCUCCCAAGUCUGAGUGGCGCCUCCAGUCAAAAGACCCCAGAGUGUCACUGUUAGAGCUAAUACCUCUCUGUGCUUUUCUUCUUUAAGUUUUAUUUGAACCACUGGAUGGAAUCUCACACUCAUUCCACUUUUGCCUACAGGAGGGAAGGAGGUGUAUGAAGUGCUUCAUCUGUUCCAAAAUAGUAUUUAACCUUUCUGUACCUGUUGGCUAAGUAUAGAAAACGGCUAAUUGUUUUUUUUUUUUUAUUUCUAUAUUAUGGCAUGGCAAAAUAGCAUUUGUAUUUCAGAUUCAGGUAUAUGUAGCUAUAGCUGUUGUGUUUAAGAUUUUUAAAAGAAUAAUAACAUGAAGAUAUUUAUGUAAACUGACUGUACUAUAAACAAAGAUUGUGUGUUUUAUGUAUGAUGAUCAACGACAGGCACUAGGACGGCCAUCUUUGGACACCUUGAAGAAGAUGAUUGUGGUCCAGGAGUUUUCUCUUUUCCAAGACAUCUUUUUUUUUUUUUUUCAUUUGUGCAAUAUGCUGUGUAUGACCAUGUUUUGUCCAAUCAUGCCAAUAUCGUUUUGAUGUUAAAACUAAAAACAAAAAGAAAAGGAAAAAAAAAACAGCCAAUGUUUUGGGUCAAUCACUGCCUCUCAGACCUCUGUACAGAUUGUUGUUUUUAUUUGUAUUUCUUUUCCUCCGCGAAGGAAAUAAAAUCAGCUGGAACUGAAAAGUA